AUGCCGAAAAUUCUGAAAAAUUUGGAAGUCGUGGAAAGUAAGUCAAAGGAUGCGAAAGCUGAAGUUGAAGCCGUCGUGUCAUCAGUAACAAUUGCUUACGUGUUUACCAAGUAUCAUGUUUAUUUGAAACCUGAGCAAUAUGAAAGUUUAUUGAAAUGUCUCAGACUACCUCCAGAUAAAGAAGUAUGCUCCAAAUUUAAGAAGAGUGUCAUUGAGUAUGACGACAAAAUUUUAAAGUAAGUUUAUGCUCAAAAUUCUAUUGCUCUUUCAGGUGUCUCACAUACUUGCAACGUUAUUGGUAGUACCAACAGCAAUGUUAAAACACUAUUCAAAUACCUGAAGAAGAGCAACCAAUUUGUUGGAAGACCUUUAAGGGUCCGGUUGAAUAAAAUAAAAUACUUGAACCGACCGACCUGCUCAGUUGGCAGAACAUUAGGCUAGUAUUCCAAAGGUCGUAGAUUCGAUUCCCACCGUGGCCAGGCAUAUUUUUCAAGCCUGCCCGGUGGGGAUAUACACUCAGAGUAACAUCACAAGCAUCUUAUUCACCUGAGUACAUUAAACCAACACAGAAAAUUUAAGACCGUUAUUAGUUAUUGGCAGACUUGGUACGGACUUGUUAAACACAGCUUUGCUACAAGCUUGUUGGAACGGAUCUUUUAAUUUUGCAAUUUGACUACUCAAUCAACUUUUCAACAACUUGUUUCUUGUCAACACACUUGGUGCAAGUUGUUCCAACAACUUAAUUGCCAGUCUGCAAACAAACAUUUUGUAACCAGCUUGAUAACAACAAACAUGCUACAACUUCAUAAAAUCACAGGCUUGUUGCAACUUGUAACUUAGCUAACAAGCUAACAACUUGUCGCCAACAAUAUUACAACGAUAUUUGCGUGUGUUACCAAGACUAACUACGCUAUCUGCAACGAAAUUACGUCAUGUAGUUGACUCAUUAUUACAUUAAGGAUUUAACUGCGGCAGUUGACUAUAAAUAACUUUAGCUAUGUUUUUAUACAAUGCGCCCAAGAAAUUAACCGACUUGAAUGAGUGGGAUAAUGAACGACUGGGAUAAUGGUUGCCUGGAACUGGAAUAACUUCUUAAUUAGGCCUAAGGAGAAUGACAUAUCUUUCGGAAGCCUCCGAAUGGGACUGGAUUGGAUUUUAAGUCACCUCAACUGGUUUCACUCUUCGGCUUUGCUUCAGACUGGAAUACUGUUUAAACUUGAAACCAAACUUGAACUUGAAACCAACUUUUUGUUUUAGGUGUUGCAAAAUGUGAUAUAAAUAUUGGGGUAACUUUGCACAUUACUAUCCCCAAAUGACGUUACAAGGAUUGGGAUUAGGUUAUAGUAUGGGUUAGGCUUGGGCUUAGGAUUGCAAGGCCUUAUGGAUAGUUUCUAGGCCACAGAAAUUGCUGAAUUUAACUUCAGAUAAAAAUACUUGUUCAUAUCUUUUUAUAUAUAGUUCCUUCAAGGAGAUAAUUGUUCAGUUUUACCAACGACGAUCAGAAACGGAGUCUCUUGUUGAUAGUUUUCUGCUUGCUUUGCCUUUGUUGCAUUUUCUUCGCCAAGAAUCCACGCCAUUUGAAGAUGUGAGUUGUAAAAAUCCCGUUAGGUUUGAAAAUUGGAGUUGGUGGGGAUUGGAGAAGAUGCCGUACUUAAAAAUUCGAACGAAUAUCACUGCCAGGUAUGCUUUAUUAUUUGUUUGUUAUUUCCGUUUACACAUCUACCAGCAACUUAAAUGCCAGUUGAUAAAGGCGAACCUAGGUAGGUAGGUAAAACUUUAUUUAAAAGGUCACACGCUGGCCCCGUCAACUGUAUGCAGAUUUCCACGUGGGGCGUGUGGAUUACAUGAUAUUAUAUAACAAAAUAUUAUACACACUAAACCACAGGGGCCCCACUAUGAGUUAUGAUUGAAAUAAUAUUGUAUUUAUUUUUAAAAACCUACUUGAACCCUUGACAAUCGAUUAUUUCUUCUCUCGAAGUUCUGUAAACCUUUUAAACUGCUUGGAGUCAUUAUACUAUCACUCUACAUGACGUUUCACGAAGUAUAGAUGAUCGCUGACAAGUAAGGACGCGGGCGCGAAAAGACGAAGGCGGCGAAACUAGGGAGAAUUAAACUAAAGGGUUGAAAUAUCGGCAGAUCAUCGUUUGAUGUGUUCCAUAAGUAGGCUGUUCUCGGGCAAUUUCGCACGGGGCCCCAAUGUGAGUUAGGAUUGAAAUAAUAUUGUAUUUAUUUUUAAAUACGUACUUGAAUCCCUUGAUCAUCGAUUAUUUCUUCUCUCGAAGUUCUGUAAACCUUUUAAAAUUAUACUUGACGUCACGAGAACAACCUACUUAUGGAACACAUUGUGCGAAAAACCCCUUCGAGUGUUUCAUGUAAAAACAUACGAAAAGUCAAUCGUUUAUUGAAUCUACUACAUCAGUUGUGAAGAUAUGUCCAAAAAGACAGAGAAUCUGAAAAAAAAUAUUCGAAAACACAAAUAAAUUGUGAAGUUUAAGGCAUUUAGAAAUGCCAUCUAGUCGAUGUUUCAACCCUUCAGUUUAAUUCUCCCUUCUUUCGCCGCCUUCGUCUUUUCGCGCCCGCGUCCUUACUUGUCAGCGAUCAUCCAUACUUCGUGAAACGUCAUGUAGAGUGAUAGUCUAUGACUCCAAGCAGUUCAAAAUGUUUACAGAACUUCAAGAGAAGAAAUAAUCGAUUAUCAAGGGAUUCAAGUAGGUUUUUAAAAAUAAAUACUGUACAAUAUUAUUUCAAUCAUAACUCAUAGUGGGGCCCCCUGUGACUAAACUACAAAUAACUACAAAACAAUUAUGUACAAAAUUAAUUAAUUGCAUUUAUGAAUGUUGAUUAUGUAUCUGAAUCACGCAUAUCUUCGGGUAAUGAGCUCCAUCAUAACAGAAACUUUUCUUAAGGUUUUCAGUUUUUGGCAAAGGUAGUUGCAGUGAAGCAGAGGAGCCCAUAAAAUCAUAUUUUGUUGUGUUUCUUUUGCGUACGGAAAGAGUAGCGAGCGAACUUGGAGCCAAACUAAACAUGUUUUCGUUAGAAGCAGACCUUUUAAGCCUGUCGUACACAAGAGAAAGUUGCAGAGCUAACCGCCUCGGGUGGCUUUCGUGUGGUUUUAACCUUUCGAGGUCUUGAGGAAAAUAUCUAUCGUGUUUGAUAUUUUUCACCUCGCGAAUUGACUAGCCAGAACGAUGUUGUUUAACAAAAACUAGCAUGGACGGUAUAGAUUAAUGUGAUUUGAAUAGGAAAUUAAACGAUUCGAGAAGUAUUAAUGAAACAUCGCACGCGUAUUUGGUGAAAUAUGUAAUAAUAUAUAUAAAAUAUUAAAUAUUUAGAUAAAUAGACAGCAGUUCUAUCCACCAACGACUACACAUUAAAUCCAAAACCAAUAACUGUAGGCGUGCCGCAGGCACGUAUACUGUAGUUAGGACCUCUACUUUUCUUCAUAUACAUUAAUGACUUGCCUAACUGACUGACUGAAUGACCGGAAAUCUAUUUUGCAUGCUGGUGAUACUUUACUGCAUUAUUCUGGGAGGAAAGCAACGGAACUGCAAGCUAGAAUUCUCAUGCACUGGCUCAACAACAACCUCCUUAUCUUGAACUACGACAAAACGAAGUUUAUGAUCUUAACCAAUAGAAAACAGUCAACGUCGCUUCGAAACGUAAACAUCACCAUUGAAAAUAAAACGGUACUACAGGCAACAAAAAUAAAAUAUUUUGAGAUAUAGACAACUUGAUUGUGAAGAUCAGUCAAAGACUUGGGGUGCGGCAAAGGACAAAGCAAUUCUUGGAUUUGGACACGUGUUGUAUUGUACAACUUGAAUAACUUAGUUUUAAUGACCUCUCUGCAACCGCUUCAAAAUAGAGAGAUGCAAAGAUAAUUUCGGACGAACAUUUGCGCUAUUCGACAACAGAAACCAGAUGUACUGUCAUUAUCACAGAUGUACUGUCAUUUAAAAAUGCGUAGGCGGUUUAAUUAACUUUGAUUCUGACGUGACGAAGAACCAAAACUUCCAUGAAGACGCAGCGAUUUACACCUAUCAAGAAUUGUCUUUGAGUACCUUUCUCCCUUAUGACAAUCGGCGUGAAUAAUCCUUGCUCUAAUAUCAGUAACACCUUGAUUAUACACGCGCUUCUUGUUUUCGUGCAUACGAUAAAUUUGCUUUGGGGUUAACUCUUUGUAAGAUUCCGCAUUUGGGUGACAUACCUGGAUAUCAAAGAAUGCAGAAUGCGUCUUUGUCUUCUCAAAAUCCACGGCGUCUGGUUAUUUAUUCGAUCCAGACCCACUUCACAAUUUAUUUCCUGCAGUGUCGGUUCAACCUUGACAUCGUUGUAGACAAUAUUCAAGAGCUUCGCUUCCAGAUCUAGUAUUUCGUUAUUGCGUUCAAAGAUGGAAACAACCUUGCCUGUAUAUCGAUCAUGGCAUGAUCGAUCUUGAAAAUAUCGCCGCAGGCACAUCUUGUUGGAUUAUCAUUGCAAGACCAAUCAAAUCUCAACUUUAAUGCAUCUUUAAACUCCCACUUGUUUAAAGUAAAGUCCAUCUCGGACGCUGGGACGACUGUUAACUACAAGGGGGCUCCUUUCUACGAGACAAGUUCUAUCAUUUGCCUCAUCUUUGGUGACGCUAAUUCGAUGAGAGAUUCAGCUUUCUCAUUUAAUAAAUCUGUUUUAUCUUUCCGUACCGUUUGUUCUUGUGUUUUCGAAUAAUUAGGAAGUUCAUGUAAUUGUAAUUGAAUUUGGUCUGCCAGUGGUGCUGUUACCUUUUUUGACACUAAACACUCCAAUAGAGCUUCAAAGCAUAGGUUUGCCAAUCCAAUACGACCUUUCCUAACUGGUAGGGCCAGAGUUCCACAAGGUAGUAUAUUAGGACCCUUAUUGUUCAAUUUAUUCAUCAAUGAUCUUCCUUGUAUCCCGCUAAACAGUGAACUGGAAAGUUAUGUAGAUGACUCUAAACUGUUUUUAUCAUUUUGCAUUGGAAAAUUACAAGAUGUAGUAACGACAGUAAACAAUGACCUUUUCACGGUUGCUACGUACUUAAGUAACAAUUGCCUGCUUGCUAACCCGGAUAAAACGAAGAUUAUGUUCUUUGGAACACAGCAGAUGCUGAAACACAUUCCAGCCGAUACCUCAUUUACGUUUCUCGGGAAAACUGUACAACCAGUCCAAAAUGCCAAAGAUCUUGGCUUAAUUAUGGACCCAAGUCUAUCUUUUGAUGAACACAUCAAGCAAUCGGUAUCAUCUUGUAUGAAGAAACUGCAUCAAGUAAAUAGAAUCAAGAACUUAUUUAGGCAAUCAACUCUGGAAAUGAUAAUACGAUCUUAUGUCUUUUCCAAGCUGUUUUAUUGUUCCACUGUUUGGUCCUCAACGAGUCAGAAGAACAUUUGUAAACUUAAGACAGUGUAA